AUGUCAUCAGCUCAGAGCUCGCAAACCCCGACCAAGACCACCUACGGCUUGCCCAAGCCGCAAGCGGCUUACUAUCCUCACCCCGGGUCGAAGCUCUAUGCCGAUAAGCAGUUAUACGACAAGAUCCACCAGGCGCCCAAGACAAAAGUGCUGAGCCACUUGUGCGCCCCGAGACUGGGGAUUGCCGUGAAAGUGCCCGCUCGCUCAGUGUUCCGUCUCGUGACUCCCGAGGGACCCCAGGUGUGUGAUCUUAAUAUCUGGAACGCCGAUAAUCCCCGCGAGAGGUUCUGGGCAGCGAGAACCCGCCAGAUUCAUCUGGCGCACGUGCUGACCCAUGACCGCCUCUGGCUGAACUUACCCUAUUUACGCCCAUUAGUAACGAUCACUGGCGACACGUUAGGCGGGCGCCACGACGAACACGGCGGGCGCAUUAACGACACGUUGGGGACGCGGUGCGACCCCUAUAUCGAGAAAUUGAUCCUGGGCGAGGACGUCGACUUCCACUGCCACCUGAAUCUUGUUAGGGCGGUUUUACCGUUUGGCUUAACUGAGUUUGAUGUCCACGAUGUGUUAAACGUGUUUCAAGUCACGGGGCUUAACGAGUACGACCAGUACUUUAUGGAGGCCCUGCCGGCGACUAAAGGCGACUACUUUGAGUGUUUUGCCGAACAGGACCUCUUGGUGGCGAUUCUGGCGUGUCCCGGUGGCUCGCUCGCCAAUUGGGGGUGGGGUGAGGGUGAGGACGAUUAUGAGAUGAAGGACGACUGUAAGCCGUUGCUUCUCGAAGUGUAUAAAUUGGACGAUGAAUCCGUGCUUGACUCGUGGUCGGCCCCUGAAUAUGCUCCGUACAAGGGUGCCCACGGCCUCCGUGACUCAACGAAGUAA